CUUUGUUUCUUCUUUUCUUUUGAUCCAAGUCUCUCUGAUGGCCGCUUUUUUCUAUGGCACGUUAAUGAAUGAUGCAGUCCUCGGUAGAGUGCUCUGUGGGCCUGCAGCAUCGGCCGAAACGAAAUCGCACAAGCUUAACACUUUACGACGUCGACCCGCUAUGCUAAAAGGCCAUAAACGCUUUGCUCUCAAGAAUCUUGACUACCCUGCCGUCAUUGAGGCAGACCUCGAUGACGAAGUAGUAGGCAUCCUCUGCGAAGGAUUGACAGAGAAUGACAUUGUCCGCUUGGAUACCUUUGAAGGCGAUGAGUAUGCGCGUUGUUCGGUCAAGGCCACGCCCUUGGCAGGCGAUGUCAAGGAAGCCGUCGAUUGUGCUGUGUAUGUGUGGAUUGGCGAUAAACUGCACCUUGAGUUGCACGAUUGGCAACCGGAAGAGUUUCUGAAAUCCCGACUCAAUGAUUGGUUGCAACGGCGUUGCGAAUUCAACAUGGUUGAUAACCUAGAGAUAGUAUAAAUCUGAAAUACAAGCUGAAUCGAUUUAAAUGAUUAUGUUCAAUCCUUGGAUCGCAUGUAUUCAUCAAAAAAUCACACAAUUCCACUUGCUAUAGUCAUAGUUAUUGCAUGCAUGAAACUUUUUUUUUUUUUUUUUUUUACUUGUAAACAGG